AUCUAUCUAUCUAUCUAUCUAUCUAUCUAUCUAUCUAUCUAUCUAUCUAUCUAUCUAUCUAUCUAUCUAUCGUUGUAUGUUUACCUAGGCAGCCAGAAAAUCCACUCAUUUAAAAAGAAGCACCCUUUGUUUGAGCUUUUAAAGAAUAGAUGUCUCGAAAGCCUUUUUCAAAGCCAUUAUCGCACUUUAGACAUCAUCAUUUUAGACGCCUUUUUUAUCGUUUGGUCCAUUUUGCGCGAACCCGAUGUAUAUGUGUUUCAGUCAUUAUUCCUUCUCUCCUUGUUCUCUUUUUUUGAAUUCAUUCCUACAGUUUUUAGCCACUCUUGCAUCGUCCUUUUCCAACUCCGUUUGGCUGUUUAGCGUUCCUCAAGGGCUGUGGAUUGUUGGGAGUUAUGCUUUCUCAGUACACACACAGUCUAGAGAUACUAGGACCGACGUGGAGGACUUAUGGAGCUAACAUGGUCGAUGUCACUUGGAUAACAGGCGCGUUUUUAUCCUUGAUGGUGGCGUACCUUAUAAGGGAAUGGAGGACUCUUCUUUGGGUGUCUUCACUGGCGUGCCUCGGGCUUUUCCCGUUUUACAGAGUCAUCCCCAGGUCCCCUCGAUGGCUUGUCGCUAAUGGUCUACUGGAUGAAGCACUUGAGAUCCUUAUGAAAUUUGGCGGGAAGAAAAACAAGGCUUUGAAGCCUGUGAAAUUGCGGGCCUUACUCGAGGAAGUGCGGGCUUGUCAGGUCGCUAAGGAAGUGAAAGAAAGGCAUGCGCCAUUGGAUCUAUACCGAACGCCCAAGAUGCGAAAAUGGACUGCUAUUCUGACUUACAAUUGGUUCGUCACCAAUCUUUUGGCUCAAGCAUUUUACUUUUCCAUCACUUCUCUUGCUGGCAACAUGUACCUGAACUCCGCCCUCAUGAUGUCUGUGGGAUAUCCACUUAUUCCCUUAGCGUGGUUCUUGCAGUUAAGAAUUGGCCGACGCCUAACUUACAUAGUGUUCAUUAUAUUGGCGGCAUGUUUUUGUCUGAUGAUAAUUGUGACACCCUCCGAUAAUGGCAUGUUGAUUACCGCUUUUGCCAUCUGCGGAUCUGCAUUUACCAGUGCAACCUAUGGCCUUGUUUACGUCAUAUUCACGGAACUGUUCCCCACAGUAAUCAGGAGUAGGGCUCUCAGUACAGGGUCUACGAUAGCGAGGCUUGGAAACGUACUGGCCCCUUUUAUGGCAGCGAUGGUGAGUGAUUAGUGUACGUCAGGACGA